CCGCUUCCUCUUCUUAUACCCUCCUCCUCACCCACCCCUCUCCCGCAGCCUCUCCCCCCAUCGGCGGUCUUCCCGAAGUCGUCUAAACCCUAAUCCCCCAAAUCCCCGACGCAAAACAACACGCAGCGUGCCGGAGCUCUCGAGGAGGAAGCAUGAGUCGCCAUCCCAUCACCAAGUGGGCGCAGAGGUCUGACAGGGUGUUCUUGACGAUCGAGCUGCCAGAUGCCAAGGAUGUGAAGCUGAACUUGAAGCCUGAGGGCCAUUUCAACUUCUCGGCGAAAGGCUCUGAUGACUUGCCCUAUGAGUUGGACCUCGAGCUGUUUGAUGCUGUUAACGUGGAGGAGAGCAAGGCAGCUGUUGCCCCAAGGACCAUAUGCUACCUGAUCAAGAAAGCUGAGAGCAAGUGGUGGCCAAGGCUGCCGAAAAAGGAGGGCAAGCCACCUGUGUUCUUGAAGGUUGACUGGGACAAAUGGCAGGAUGAGGAUGAUGAGGACGUCGGAUUUAAUGACUUUGGUGACAUGGACUUCUCGAAACUGGACAUGGGUGGUGCUGAUGAUGAUGAUAUUGAGGAUGAUGAAGAUGAUGUGGUUGAAAGCGCUAACAACGAUGGUGGUGCUAAGGCAGAGGAGAGCAAGGGGGAGGGAGCAGUUCCAGCAGCCGCCACUGCAGAGGAAGCAAAGCCAUGAAGAAGGAAAUGAGUUCGCUCGGCACCAUCGGUGACCGAGCAUGAUAUCUAGCUAGACUAGAUGCUCCCUUAGAUUUUUGGUGUAAAAUCUGGAGGAUUGGAUUGAUCACUCACUGCAUAUGAAGUAAAGAAAACCAAACAGUCGUGCACUCUGCUGUUGUAGUUUUCGGCUGAACCUUGUGAACUGCUGGUAUAAUAUUUGGUCAGAGCUUAUUUGCAUCCACCAUAGGAGAUGCUUUUCGAUGUUUGUAUGACACGAUAGCUCUGUUUAUUGUA